ACUGGACAUUUCACAGUUGAUCAUCAUCUUCUUUACUAGAUGGCAACUAACCUAACCAUUCUAGACCCUUCAAUUCCUAUCCUCUUUACACGUGUCCCCUACUCCUCCCCCUCCCCCAGAUAUUUCUUCAUCACCUCCAUAAAUAUCCACUCUCACUCUCCUCUUCACUCACACAAUCUUCAGAAAACCUGAUAUCUCUAUACACUAGCCUUUCAACCUUCUUCAGCAUUACAAUGGCAACCAUGGCCACAACCUUGCUCUCUUCAAAGCUCAAGACCAGUUUCUUAGACCAAUCAUCCUUUUAUGGAGUCCCAAUUUCAUCUCCAGCCAGCGUACAACCCAUUAGGGCCAGCAACCCACAAGCCCUCUCUGUCUCCAUGUGUCUUUCAUCACCUCCGUAUGAUCUUAAAUCCUUCAGUUUUGAACCCAUCAAAGAAUCGAUCGUUUCUCGUGAAAUGACCCGUCGAUACAUGAUGGACAUGAUCACAUACGCCGACACCGAUGUUGUCGUCGUCGGUGCUGGCUCUGCUGGACUCUCUUGUGCGUAUGAGCUCAGCAAGAACCCAUCCGUACAGGUGGCUAUCAUUGAGCAAUCUGUGAGCCCUGGUGGUGGAGCAUGGCUAGGUGGCCAACUCUUCUCAGCCAUGGUGGUUCGCAAACCAGCUCAUCUCUUCCUCGACGAAAUUGGCGUAGACUACGACGAGCAAGACAACUACGUCGUAAUCAAGCACGCGGCUCUGUUCACUUCCACAAUCAUGAGCAAGCUUUUGGCUCGGCCAAAUGUGAAGCUCUUCAACGCUGUCGCUGCCGAGGAUUUGAUUGUGAAAGGAAACAGAGUCGGUGGUGUUGUGACGAAUUGGGCCUUGGUUUCGAUGAACCAUGACACACAGUCCUGUAUGGACCCAAAUGUCAUGGAGGCCAAAGUGGUGGUUAGUUCAUGUGGCCACGACGGUCCGUUUGGAGCCACCGGUGUUAAGAGGCUGAAGAGCAUUGGGAUGAUUGAUAAUGUGCCUGGUAUGAAGGCGUUGGACAUGAAUGGUGCUGAGGAUGCUAUUGUGAGGCUCACCAGAGAGGUUGUUCCGGGAAUGAUUGUUACCGGAAUGGAGGUUGCUGAGAUCGAUGGGGCUCCUAGAAUGGGACCUACGUUCGGAGCAAUGAUGAUCUCUGGGCAGAAAGCGGCUCAUUUGGCUUUGAAAUCUCUGGGACUUCCCAACGCAUUGGACGGGAACUAUGUGGGCAGCAUUCAACCUGAGCUCAUUUUAGCAGCUGCAGAUGCAUCUGAGAUUGUUGAUACUUGAAAAUAGUUGUAUAAAGCUUUGAGUAAUAAAGAGAGGAACGAAAAGAAUGUAGUCCUCUAGAACAAUGGGUUAUAGAGGUGGAAGAACAUCGGUGAGACUCUACAUGCUUUGGUCUGUGUCUGUUUUUUUGGUCUUUCCUUAGAACUUUAUGUGCAAAUGGUAGCAUUUGGUGCUUUAUUUUUGUUACAUUUCUCCUGUUUUAUCUUCUCUUGCUUGCCCUUAGUUGGGCCUUGGAUCUCAUGGUGUAUGGUUUUCAAUAUUACUAUUUGGACAUAGUUUAUGAGGUUGUUAGUUAAUGGGUCGGAUCAUUAAUCUGAAGAGAGGGAGGAUAUGAAUGGUCAGGAGAGGAAAGAGGGAGGAAUUUUUUUUUUUUUU